AUCAUAGGCCUUUCCAGCCUAUGGGUUUCUUCUCUGGGUCCUGUCUGCAUCUAUAUCCUUUUCCUGAAUCUCAGGCCUUCUUUAGGGACCUGGGCCUCUUUUCUCCUACAUUUUAGUUCCCCAGCAAACAGGCCUGCAGCUCCUGCCUCUCUCUCAGAUCUCUCAGAUCUUUCUUGGCCUGGCUGGGCCUUCUAGGCUGUUCCACCCUUUGACCUGCGGCCCACUCCACAUAUGGAGAACUCAGGACUGGUGGUGCAUGGGCAGUCUGCACCCUUUUCCACAGCACUUCGAAGCCUUGUCAACAACCCCUGGCACAGUGAUAUUUGCUUUGUGGUUGGUCAAGAACGGCAAGAGGUAUUUGCCCACCGGUGCUUAUUGGCCUGUAGAUGUAACUUCUUCCAGAGACUUUUGGGCCCUGGGGUACCUAGUCCUGUGGUGCUAAGCACUGUGCCAGCCGAAGCCUUCUUAGCUGUUCUGGAGUUCCUGUAUACAAACAGUGUCAAGCUGCACCGACACUCUGUGCUGGAGGUGCUGACAGCAGCUGUGGAAUAUGGGCUGGAGGAACUUGGAGAGCUAUGCCUGGAGUUUGUGGUGAAGGUGUUGGAUGUGGAGCUGGUUUGUGAGGCUCUGCAGGUUGCUGUAAGCUUUGGCCUGGGGGCACUGCAGGAGCGGUGCAUAACCUUCAUAGAAGCUCACAGCCAGGAGGUACUCCGCACCCGUGGCUUCCUGGAGCUGUCCGCCACUGCGCUGCUGCCAGUGCUACGCAGUGACAAGCUCUGUGUGGACGAGACUGAGCUGAUCCAGGCAGCCCGAAGCUGGGCACGCGUGGGGGCUGCGGUGUUGGACCAACCCGUGGCCGAGGUGGCAGCUCCAGUGGUUCGAGAGCUGAGACUGGCUUUGCUCGCCCCGGCGGAGCUAAGCGCCCUGGAAGAGCAGAACCGACGGGAGCCGUUCAUCCCGGUUGAACAAAUUGUGGAGGCAUGGAAGUGCCACGCCCUACAGAGAGGAGAUGCAGCCCGGAGCGCACCAUGCCGCAGACGAAGGGGCACCCUGCCCCGGGAUCAUCAUCGCUUUCUGGACUUUCGUUUCAAAUGAUCCACUUCCGGACCUUUUGAGGAAGUUGAUCACAUCCCAAACUACAGCUCCCGAGGUGCUCUGCGCUGGAGGUGGGUUUCCGCUCCCAGCAAGCUCAGCAGCCGGAUAUGGGAAGGACUGGUCUCUGUCUAGCGUAAUACAUGAAGCCUCCGUGGAGGAGUAGGUGUUGCACAAUGGCCCCAAGGUUGGGGCUAGAUUUUAGGCUUGGGUGAUUUUUCUGAGACCGGAAACGAGGGUGGCCUUUGUUGCGUGAGCUCAGGCGGCAUCCUGCAACUUAAGUUGGUCAUUCCUUUGCGCCCCUCUACUCUGAUGACGCUAUAUCCAUUUAGCUCGUCCUCUUAACAAAUCAGCUUCCUGGCUUCAGGCUGAGCGCAGAUUCGAGCUUCUCACCUUUCCCAGCCAUGGAAAUAGUGUUUCUCUUUUCUGCGGGUCUGGAACCCGGACCUCAUUCUUGCCUACCUCAUGCCUUUUCUCCCUUCUAAUACUUCUUUCUAGUUGGUUUAGUCUGAAGCCUAUCAUUCGUCACAUUUGGGGGUCUUUUCUGCCACCACCAUAGCCAGUGCCCCUCACUCCUUUCCCCCUCAGGGGACAAUAUCCAUCUCUAUGAUGGUCCCAUCGCUAUGAUUGGCAAGCUUUUCCUCCUUGAACCCUUUAACGUCCAUACUGCUUUCCAGGACAAGCUACAAAGUUUCCUUGAGAUUUAGCAGUCCUAAAUUCUGAGUUUGGGAGUUUACUUGGGGGUGGGGUGGGAUAAGUUGUGGACAAUCUCUCACUGUAACCCCAGCUGGCCUAGAGCUAUUUAGGACAGGCCAGCUUUGAGUUCACAGUGCUCUGACUGCCCCUGCCUCCCUGGUACAGAGAUCAAAGGCAUGUGCUAUCGAUCCUUGAUAACAACAAAAAAGA